CGUUGUCCGGCAGAACGUAUACCCAAUUGACUACUACGUGGGUUUAUAUAAUAUAUCACGCAAAGCUCCCUCGUAGGACCACAUCUUCACACCACAAUUAACACACAAUGGCACCAAACUGGGACAGACUCAUCCGCUUCAUUGCCACAGAUGGCCGUGAACUGCGGGGUCAACCGAUUCUGCCCUCCCCCGACUUUGACGUCGGCACAACAACAGAAGCCACAGGCCUCAAAGCCAAGGUAAUCAGCGUAGCAAACGGCGACAUCUUCGACGCCGCCACCAAAGUCACAGACGAAGAAGCCACAGUCAAGACCCUCCUCGGCCCCGUGACCGUCGACGAAGUCCCCAUCAUCCGCUGCAUCGGGCUCAACUUCAUCAAGCACAUCCAAGAAGGCGGCCGCACCCUGCCCCCGCACCCCAGCACCUUCAUCAAAGCCAACACCUGCCUGCAAGACCACAACGGCCCCAUCGUGAUCCCCAAGAUCGCGCAGGACAACCAAGCCGACUACGAAGGCGAACUGUGCUUCAUCAUCUCGCGCGACUGCAAGGACGUCGCCGCCGCAGACGCGUACUCGUACAUUGGCGGCUACGCAGCCGGCAACGACGUGUCGAGCCGCAAGUGGCAGCGCGACCCGGCACUCGCGGGCACGGUCCCGCAGUGGAACUUCUCAAAGGGCUUCGACACGUAUGCGCCCGUGGGGCCGCAGCUGGUCAGCACGCGCGUGGUGCCCGAGCCCAGCGUGUUGCAGCUGCAGACGCGCGUCAACGGGGAGCUGAGGCAGGACAGCGGGAUCGACGAUUUGUGCUUUAAGAUCCCGGAGUUGGUGGCGUUUUGUAGCCAGGGGACGACGCUGAAGAGGGGCACGCUGGUUAUGACGGGGACGUGUGCGGGGGUGGGGUAUGCGAUGAAGAACCCGCAGUUCUUGAAGCCGGGGGAUGUGGUCGAGGUUAGUGUGACGCCGGAGAUCGGGACGGUGAGGAACACGGUGGAGUUUGCGUAGGGUAUUUGCACCGGAAGGCAAGGAAAAUGUGCAUGUUUGAAUGUAGAAGACUCUCAGCAUUGAGUUGGACGUUGGAAAUUUCAGUCCCUCAUCAUAUGCAUGAAAUGUUCACUGUCUAUACCACUCCAUCCAUAUAUAACACAAGCACGUCUCCAGUUCAAAUCAAGAGAAAAUGUCUGCCG